CACACAACGAACAAGCCCAAGAUAAUGAGUACCUUAACCUCGAUCUCAAGCAAGACCUUUCUGAAAGCGAGUCAGAAAGGUAAUAUAACAAAGUUAAAAGAGCUCGCCUCUACAAACGACAUUAAAGACUGGACGGUAUAUCGUCACGAAGCAUCAGGAGAUACGGCUCUGCACUUGGCGGCACGCGAAGGUCGUUUAGAGGUGGUGAAAUAUCUGUGCGAAACAUGGAAGGAGCCACCCUUCAGAACGGAAGUGGCGAACAAAGAUAUGAAAAGACCGGUGCACGACGCAGCUCAAUCCGCGAAACUCGACGUCCUCGAGUAUCUUCUUGGUCAAGGUGCCGCCGUGGAUCCCUUGAAACGUGCAGACUGGACCCCCCUGAUGUUAGCCUGCACCAAAGACGGAGAGGAAGCAGCGAGUUGCGUGAAAGCUCUGCUUCGACACGGCGCGGCUUCCGAAUUGCAGAACAAAGACGGCUGGACGCCGCUGAUGGUGGCUUGUAGGACUGGAAACGUCGACGUGGUUAAAUGCCUGAUGACACGCUCGUCUCGCAGUGUAUACAUGAGGAGUAAAAACGGUCGAAGCCCUUUGCACGUGGCUGCGUUUCACGGCUAUCGGAGUGUGAUUGAUUUGAUUUUAUCCGAAGAUUCGGAUUUGAUAAAUUGGCAGGAUUCGUCCGGAUCAACCCCGCUUUUGGAGUCCGUAAAGAGCGGUGAUUUACCAACGUUUCAACGUUUGAUAGAUUCGAAAGCUAACUUGAACGCGGUAGACAAUGUGGGGCAAAAUGUUUUACACAUUGCCGCACAGUGCGGUAACACAGAGAUCAUUGAAUACAUAUUAAAUCGUAAAUUGAUCGACGUCGAAUCUCCAACUCUCCAUGGCAUAACACCUUUGAUGUUCGCUGAGAAGAACAAACAGCUCAAAGCGAUCAAAAUCUUAUCAUCUUUUCAAACUCGAUAGAUUUUCAUCCGUGUGUUGCGUGAUAAUCUGAAAAUCCUUUGAUGUAAUUCUUGAUCUAUCUAGUAAAAUAUAUUGUAAUAUAUUAUCGUCAAUAAAUUAUAUUCGAAUAUA